AUGACGCCUUGUCUUCUCCACGUCCCUGUCUUCUCUUUCCCACUUCCUCCAGAUUAUGUUACUGGGACUGGAAUUGACAACCACGCGAUAGAGGUUAGGAGCAAACUCCACCUUUUUGCUCAGAAAAAUCUGGACGAGAAUGUCCUCCACCUUUUCGACAAUACCCGAGUGUUAGCGCCGCACUGGUUUGGUCUUAUUCUGGCCGAAAUGGCAAAGCUGAUGAAGAAGGAUGCUGAAGCUCCUUUAUGCUUCGAGAGCACCUCUGGCUUAGCUUCUCAUACCUGGGUUAGCAAGAACCUGAGCCGGUCAUUUCCCUCUAGUGAAGUGAGGAGUAGUCCGGUUAAGUGGGCGGAUUGGAUUGACAGACUUCUGCCAAGGUAUGGAGCUCAUUGGAGGAGGGCUGGCAUAUAUGAUGCCAUUCUUCUAUCCAAACAAUCUAUCAAUAGGGAUGAGAACCUGCUUGCUGCUGCCUUGUGUUUUUGGAAUUCUGCUAGCAACACUUUUGAUUUCCGUGAGCUAAAACCAGGAGAAUCUGUCAUGCCCUUCCACUAUCUCUCCAGCUACGAUCAAUCAGAACUGCUCUUUCUCAAAUUACUUGAGAAAGUUCAGCACCUGGCCGAAGCUCUGCAUAAUCAUAUUGAUGUAGGGCUUGGUACUACAGUUCUGGCCCACCUGUUCAAGAACCUGCAUACUGCCACUUUGGAGAAUCCACUGAAUCUGUCUGCUCCUGGUGCCUUCUGGAUGAUUCAGGUCUGGCUGCUGGUUUAUUUCCUAGAAUUGAGAUUUCCAGAUAUAGUUCUGCCUGAGGACCAAGUUCUAGCUCAACCACUGAUGUCGGCAGAAGUGCCCAAGCGUUCCCUUGAAGAAUAUUUGAUGUUUUUUAGACACUACAUUAAAAGAUCACCAACUCAAUGGCAGGUGGUGAUCAGAAGGACCUAUCCCUGGUUCCAUCCUGGACAUUGGCUGUUUGAGAAAGGGCCAGAAGAAGAAGCUGCCAGAAUUGAUUUCAGAAAGAAGUUCUUGAGUGUGACCUUGCCCAGAGACUUACCUUAUGGAGGAGGAAAACCUCCAAAUUAUCACUUGGGGGUAGAAGUAUAUCACCCUAAUUUAUGCGCAAGACAACUAGGCUGCCCCCAACUUAUUCCGCUUAAAUCAUACAGAAGCUGCAAUAUUGGUUCCUCUUGGAGGGACGUGGAGGACCUGGAGGUGCAUAAGGAUGCCAGGUGCGUAGUAAACAAGAUAAACAACAGCGCAGAUGCCCUUUAUCCCUUAUGGCAGCCUAACUCUUGUAGCUCCGCUGAUUUUGAUGCCUGGUGGAAAGCGAAAUGCCAGGAUCUGCCUCACUCUACUGCUGCAUUUAGGGUGCUUUUUGACGGCUGGGAUAACUGGACUGUCUUUGCAUCAUCGGAGGCAAAGGAGUUUAUGAUGAAGACCAUCAAAGAUAUUAACGCCCAAGUUAUAGAAGAUCCUUCCUUAGCAGGAAAUGUAGGUGGGCAGUCUAUCUAUGAUGGCAGAUCAAUUCUGUUAUUUCAGCUGGAGAUCUGGAGCUACCUUCCGGAUAAGAAGAAGAAGAAGAAGAACAACAACAACAACGACAACAAGCAGAACAGACUUAUGUUGAGGCAACCCCUUCUACCAGAUGGAAAAGAAAGGAAACUGCUCGUACUGCAACUUCAGGUGACUUUUGACAGCUUUGAGUUUUUUUAUAGUCUUGUUCUGUCAUGUUUAGCUUAUGUCCUAAUGGCCUAUUCUCUGUUUAUUGUAGCUGAAAGUCCUUCUCCAACUCCCACUAAGUCAAAAAGGCUCAGAAAGAGGACUGAGGUGGAAUAUGUGGCUACUGAUGGAACUGCAGCAGAUACCACCACAACUUCCGGCACGGAUGAAGAACUGAGAGAGGCAUUUGAAGCUGUGGAGCAAGAGAUGGAGCUGGAAGAGCUGGAAGAAGUAGGAAAGGGGCCUCAGGAGAAGGCCAAGACAGUGGAAAUCCCUGCUGAGGUGAUAGCAGAGAGCAUUGCCUUGGCGCAAAGAGCAUUUCCUUGGCUCAGAAAGGCAGAACAUUCCACUGCUGUUCCAGCAGCUGGCGAACAAUCAGAGCAAUCUGCAUUCGAGCCUGUGGAUAGAGCUGGCAAACGGGUCGUUUUUGCGGGUUACGGGUCGUGUUCGUGUCAACCCGUUAUCUUAACAGGACGAACACGACCCGUUAGCUUAACGGGUCAGAAACACUAG